UCCGGCCUGAGCUGGAUGGUGGGAGGUUCCAGGCUCCAGAGAAGCCCCACCAGCAUGGGCAGUCUCCGCUACCAAGAGGACUUCGAGGAGGAGAAGAACUCAGCGUUCACCUGGGAGGUGCAGGCCAACAGCAGGUCCUACAACAGCCAGUUCAAGAAGAAGAGCUUCCUGUGCUGGCAGAAGAAGAAGCAUCAGAGCAACGUCAUCUGCACGGCCAAGUACAACGUCUUUUCCUUCCUGCCCUUGAACCUGUACGAGCAGUUCCACCGCACGUCCAAUCUCUACUUCCUCUUCAUCAUCGUUCUCCAGGGCUUCCCCGAGAUCUCCACGCUGCCCUGGUUCACUCUGUUUGCGCCGCUGCUGUGCCUCCUCAUCAUCCGGGCGGCCCGGGACCUGGUGGAUGACAUCGGGCGACACAGGAGCGACAGGAUCGUCAACAACAGGCCCUGCCAGAUCCUGGUGGGGAAGAGCUUCCUGUGGAAGAAAUGGGCGAACCUGCGCGCGGGAGACCUGGUGUGCCUGCACAGAGACAGCGUGGUCCCGGCCGACCUGCUCCUGCUCGCCAGCACCGAGCCCAGCAGCCUGUGCUACGUGGAGACCGCGGACAUCGACGGGGAGACCAACCUGAAGUUCAGGCAGGCGCCACCCAUCACGCACCACGAGCUGACCAGCCCCCGGAAGAUGGCAUCGUUCCAAGGCAAGGUGGUGUGUGAAGAGCCCAACAGCCGGCUGCACCACUUCGUGGGGUGCUUGGAGUGGAAGGGCAGGAAGCACCCCCUGGACAGCGGCAACCUGCUGCUGCGCGGCUGCAAGGUCCGCAACACGGACACGUGCUACGGGAUGGUCAUCUACGCGGGUUUCGACACCAAGAUCAUGAAGAACUGCGGCAAGGUCCACCUGAAGAGAACCAAGAUAGAUCGUCUGAUGAACCGGCUGGUGGUGCUGAUCUUCCUGUCGCUGGUGCUAAUCUCCAUGGGGCUGAGCUUCGGCUUCUGGUUCAAGGUGAGCGAGUUCAAGGCCAAGCACCACUACGUGUCGUCCAGUUACAUGCACAGUGUGGCCUCCGAGACUUUCGUCAUCUUCUGGGGCUUCCUCAUCCUGCUCAGCGUCAUGGUGCCCAUGGCCAUGUUCAUCAUGGUGGAAUUCAUCUACCUGGGGAACAGCAUCUUCAUCAACUGGGACGUGCAGAUGUACUACGAGCCGCAGGACAAGCCCGCCAAGGCCCGCAGCACCAGCCUCAACGACCAGCUGGGCCAGGUGGAGUACGUGUUCUCCGACAAGACGGGCACGCUCACCCAGAACAUCAUGACCUUCAAGAAGUGCUGCAUCGGGGGCGUCAUCUAUGGCCCGGAUGAGGACGAGGACACCCCAGCUAAGGAGGACCCCUACCUCUGGAACGAGUUUGCCGACGGGAAGUUGCUCUACCGGAACUCGAGGCUGCUGCGCACCGUCCGGGCGGGAGAGGACAGGCUGGUGCGGGAGUUCUGGCGCCUGCUGGCCAUCUGCCACACCGUGAUGGCGCAGGAGAGGGACAACCAGCUGGUGUACCAGGCAGCGUCCCCCGACGAGGAGGCGCUGGUCACCGCGGCCCGGAAUUUUGGCUACGUGUUCGUGGCCCGCACGCAGGACAGCAUCACGGUGAUGGAGCUGGGGGAGGAACGGGUGUACCAGGUGCUGGCCAUGAUGGACUUCAACAGCAUACGCAAGCGCAUGUCGGUGCUGGUCCGCAACCCCGAGGGCUCCAUCUACCUCUACACCAAAGGCGCUGACACGGUCAUCUUUCAGCGCUUGCGCAACAAAGGCACGCAAGAGUGGACUACCGAGGAGGCCUUGGCUUCCUUCGCAGAGCAGACCCUGCGGACCCUGUGCCUGGCCUACAAGGAGGUGGACGAGGCCGUGUUCGAGGGCUGGCGCCAGCGGCACCAGGAGGCCAGCAUCCUGCUGCAGAACCGGGCGCAGGCCCUCCACCAGGUGUAUGAGGAGAUGGAGCAGAACCUGCAGCUGCUGGGAGCCACAGCCAUUGAGGACAGACUGCAGGACGGCGUGUGCGACACCAUCAAGUGUCUCAAGCAGGGGAACAUUAAGGUGUGGGUCCUCACAGGUGAUAAGCAAGAGACGGCGGUGAACAUCGGCUUUGCCUGCCAGCUGCUGUCGGAGAGCAUGCUCAUCCUGGAGGAGAGGGAGAUACUGCAGAUCCUGGAGGCCUACUGGGAGAGCAACAACAACGAGCCGCACGGCAAGGGCAAGGGCCAUUGGAAGAACCAGUUCCUGCCACACGUCAAGGUGGCCAUGGUCAUUACCGGGGAGUUCCUGGACCAGGUGCUGUUGUCUCUGCGCAGGGAGCCGCGGGCGCUGGUCCACAGCGGGAAUGUGGAGGUGGACGAGCCCUGGCAGGAGCUGGACGAGCAGAAGACGGACUUCCUGCGGGCCCGGCGCAUGUCCCUGAUGUGGCGCGCCCUGGGGAUCCCCCUGCGGGGCACCGGCCUGGCGCCGCAGGCCGCGGACUCCAGCAGCAGCGACAUGCUGUGCGUGCAGCGGGAGCGCGCCUUCGUGGAGCUGGCCUCGCAGUGCCAAGCGGUCAUCUGCUGCCGGGUGACGCCCAAGCAGAAGGCUUUGAUCGUGGGGCUGGUCAAGAAAUACCAGCGCGUGGUGACCCUGGCCAUCGGGGACGGCGCCAACGACGUCAACAUGAUCAAGACUGCGGACAUCGGCGUGGGGCUGGCGGGGCAGGAGGGCAUGCAGGCGGUGCAGAGCAGCGACUACGCGCUGGCGCAGUUCAGCUUCCUGAGGCGCCUGCUGCUGGUGCACGGGCGCUGGUCCUACAUGCGCGUCUGCAAGUUCCUGCGCUACUUCGUCUACAAGUCGCUGGCCAGCAUGAUGGUGCAGAUCUGGUUCGCCUUCUACAGCGGCUUCACCGCGCAGCCUCUGUAUGAAGGCUGGUUCCUGGCGCUCUUCAACCUGCUCUACAGCACACUCCCCAUCCUCUACAUCGGCCUGUUCGAGCAGGACGUGAGUGCCGAGCGGAGCCUGGAGCUGCCCGAGCUGUACGUCGCUGGCCAGAAGGACGAGCUCUUUAACUACUGGGUCUUUGUCCAGGCCCUUGCCCACGGCAUGGUCACCUCCCUGGUCAACUUCUUCAUGACCCUGUGGGUCACCCACGACUCGGCUGGGCCCAUCAGCUUCAGCGACUACCAGUCUUUCGCGGUGGUCGUGGCCCUGUCGGGCCUGCUAUCCAUCACCAUGGAGGUCAUACUCAUCAUCAAGUACUGGACGGUCCUGUCCGUGCUGGCCAUCGUCCUCAGCCUCUUCUUCUAUGUGGUUGUAACUUGGGUCACCCAGAGUUUCUGGCUCUUCCAAAUCUCACCCAAGACCUUCCCGUUUCUGUAUGCUGACCAAAACGUGCUGUCCCACCCCUCCAUCCUGCUGGUCAUCCUGCUGAAUGUGUCACUAAACACCUUGCCCACAUUGGCCCUGCGUGUCAUUUACCAAGCCCUCAAGAAGCCUUGCCCCAAGGAGGCGGAGGCGGAGGCGGCCGCGAGCGAGGCGGCGGCGGGGGCGGCGGCGGAGGGGCCCCAGCUCCGCCGGGAGUCGCGCGGCCGGCGCUCCAGCUACGCCUUCUCCCACCGCGAGGGCUACGCGGACCUGAUCACGCGGGGCACGAUGCUGCGGAGGGCGCCGGGCCCCGACAGCGACCUGCUGGCGCACGAGGCCCCCCCGCCGCGGGAGCCGCCGCCCGGCGUCUCGGAGGCCCCCCGGCUGCCGCGGACGCUGUCGGUCCUGGGGAGGCGGCGGCAGGGCAGGGUGUCCUCGGAGGACGAGCCGCGCACGGCGAGCUCCUGCGCCACCGUGGACCAGCGGCCCGCCCGGCAGCCCGGCGCGGCCCAGGACGCGGGGAGCUCGCCGCAGCCCCUGCCCGAGGCCCCGGGGAAGGCGUCGCGGUGGGGGGUCCCGCCGCCGCCCCGGGGGACCUGGCCCUCCAGCUGGCGGAGGCUGCCGCAGCCGGCCCGGCGGGGGCCGCCCGACCCCGAGCGCCCGGCCCGCGGGGAGCAGUGACGGCGCGCUCGCUCC